GGAAUGACACGGACUUGGAGUCUCUGUGUGGAGGAUUAAGGGGCAUACAUUACAAAUUCAUCAUUCAAACCGGUGACAAUGGAGGCUUGUUGUUUACCUGAAGAUAGAAUCGAGCCCGAGAUUGCUUUCACGAUCGAUGAUGCGUCGAGUGAAGUAGGAGCGAUUGAAAACGAAGAAGCGGAGGAGCUCGGCAACAGUUUGAAGGAUCUUGUCCAGGACCAAUCUAUCAAACCCAAGCUGCAGUGCCUCAUGGUGGACCCUACCUUUUCCAUGGUGACAGUCCAGAGUGAAGACAGUGGAAUAGUGUGGGAGACCUCCUCAAGCAGGUGUUCCACCCCAUGGGCUUCAGAAGCUAGCAGUACCUCUGAUGUGUUCAGUUUGGAAGGUUCUCCUGCGGGAUACACACCAGGAAAAAUUGUGUUCAUCAUGGAUCAAGAUAAAAUAGUUCGAAGGAGAAAAAGAUCGAGCCUAGGGAGCAGGAUGAGUGAAACCAAUGGGAAAACCAGGGAUAACUCCAAACAGUUUCCCAGGAAAGCCGCUGUCCCCAUCAUGGAAGUAAGUCUGCAAAAAGCAGGUACAAAUGAACUGUCGCCAGAUGCUCCCGUAACAUCUAGACCAGCAAAUAACGGAAACCCUCAUCCAAGUCCUUUGAAACGCACAAAAAUACACCCGGAGGAGCUCUCACCUGUGUCGGCUAGAUCAGGGGGCCAAGGAAAUCCACUCCACAGACAGUCUGAAAUACAUGCUGGGGAGCCUCGACCACACGCCCCUGUGACAUCUAUACCAAUAAGCCAAGGUAACCCACAUCUAAACCCCCUGAGAGAAACAGAUGUUGUUGCAGAGGAACCUGUACAACAUACUCCUGUGUCAGCUAAAGCAGCAAGCAAAGUGAACCCCUAUCCCAGUAGUUUAAGAGAAAGAGAGGAGAUGCUUCCACACAUGCCAGUGACUGCUAAGCCAGGGUUCAAAGGCAACCCGCAUCCAAAUCCUUCAGGAGCAGACAACAAUGAACCAUCGGAGCACACAGCAGUGUCGGCUAAGCCAGUGGUCAAAGGCAAUCCUCAUCCACUUCCUUUUCAGGAAAAAGAAACAGAAACACAGGAGCUGUUGCCUCAUGCUCCUGUAGCGGCUAAGCCAGUAGAAAAAAUAGACCCUCCUAAAAGAGAAGAUAAACCUCGUGGAUUGGUACAAGGAGCAUUACUGAAAUUUAACACUCCUCCACCAGAACACAAAAUUUCAACAUUUUCCCUCCAAAAAUACUCUAAAGAUCCUGUAAAAGAAGAAUUAGAAUCCAGAGAAGACCAAACCAGAGUUGCAGAUAUGAACCCCUCGUCGCCCUUGAGGUCCUCAGUCUCUGAUAAUCCAAAACCAGACAGUGCCUUGUCAAACCCAGCCCCUGUCGCAAGCUCUGCAGCUGAUCCCACUGAGCCAUCUCAGCAGAAUCCAUGCUUCUUACCAGACAUGAGCCAGAAUCCAGUGGUAACAGAGUCUGUACCAUUACUUAGGUCUACUGGUACUGCUUUCAUGGGAGCAGAGUAUUCCUUGCCUAAUCCAAGCAAGAAUACACUUCCUAAUGUUAUUGCAGCUACCUCUUCAGAAGAACCAGAGGCAGACAAGCAGACCACGGAACACAAAGCAGAGCCUGAUAGUCAGAAAGAACUCUUUAACAUUGUCUCUGAAGGCUAUGAAAUACUGAACAUUAUUGCUCCUCCGGAAAUGUUGUCCAUUGAUGAAGAGGAAAGCAGUCACAUGCAGGAUAACUUGGCUUACUUGGAAGACAAUCCACUAAUUAAACCAAAAGUCUUACAAGAGGCAGUAGAGGCUGAUGAAAUACCAGUCAUUGAAGAAGAGAUGGAAACAGAGAGCAAUGACAUAUCUGAAGAAAAAAGAGAACUAAAAGACACAAUCAUUUCAGAACAAAAAGAAACCAACAAUGUAGAACAAACAGGGACUCAAAAUUUAGAACAGAAUAGCACUACUUCUACUGAAUUAACACAGCCUUCAGCGCUUGCUCCACUUUCGAUAAAUGGAAAUAGCGACAUGGAUUAUUUUGAAAAAUUCACUUUAAUGGAUGAGCAAGUCCCUGGAGAAAAACCUAUUGUAGAAAAAACAGAAAAGGAGGAUACCCUUGUCAAUGAAGAUGAAGAAAACGUGGAGGAAAAAUCUAAAAGUGUUUCAUUUUCUGAAGACCGUGAUGUAUUUGUCUUUGUGGAUGACAUUGAAAUUGCAGGAGAACAUCUGGAUGAAGUAUUUUAUGGUACUGAACAAACUGAAGCAGAGGCCUGUACCCCAACCAAGCAUUACAUAGAAGAUGAAACAAAUGACAAAAAAGAUGCACUUCUCAAAGAAAGUGGUGCCAGUUUAUUUAGCCAUGAAGAGGAAACCCUUACUAAAUGUUACUAUCCUGUAACCACCAAAAACAUUGAUCUUUCUCUUCUGGAGGAACCACCAGCAAUGGCAUUUCUCUAUACAGAUCUGUAUGACCAGGCAACUGGAAGGAAAGAGAAAGAUGACGAACCCUCGGAUGAAGAGAGUCUUAAUUCUGACGCGUCUUUCCCUAGCAGGCUGUCUGACUCGGAUGAUAACACAGGCAUAUAUUUUGAAAAAUAUAAUUUGAAAGACGAUGUUCCCUUAGUCGAAGGGGAACCUACACCUCAAGAGGAGAAAGAAAAAGCACAAAAUAUAUGGCAUCAGAAUACUUUUGAGCUCACUGGUGGUUUCACGCAAAAAAAAAAGGAACCUGACAUCAUUAAUGAAGAUGCAAGCCCUGAAGCAUGUAGCAAGACCUCUGAUUUGUCUCCUUAUGAGGAAGCAAAACAGCUUAUUGAUGUUUAUGAGGAGUCUGAGGAUUUAGUCUUCGAAGCUGUGGUUAGUAAAGAUGACGCAGUCUCAGCAGGAGAAGCUGAAACACUAGAUGAGAAGAGUCUGGAGGUGGCUGAAGAAGAACCCCAAACUCAACAAGAUGUAAAAGAAAAGCCAGCAGAAAAGGAGAAGGAAGGAAGCAUGGUUGUUACUCGGGAUACUCUUAGCAGUCCUGAAUUUGGCAAACAUCCAUUUGACGUGCUGUCUGGAACGGCCUUGAAUGCUCCUGUAGAGGUUCACGAGCUUGACCAAAGUGAAGUGGAAGCGCCUUCUGAACCAAAUAAAGCAUCAGCAGGUGAAAUGGAAGCACAGGCUUUAGAAAUUGAAGACGAACCUCUAAUAAAAUAUGAGGUCUCAGCUGAGUCUGCAGAAGACAUUUAUACAGCUGUCCCAGAACUGAAACCUGAAGAAGAAAUCUCAGUUUCUGAGCCAAUUCAUUUGGAGGAAGGAAGUAAAAACAAGUUGUACACUGCAGAAACAACCUCCGAAACAGAUCACGUAUCCGUUCAGGACACGCAAGACAAAGCAGUCAAAAUUCCAGAGGAUGAACCACAACUAAUCAAACCAGAGCAACUAGAAGCAGAAGCUUCCUUAAUUGAAGACGACCAUCGGAAGAAGGAAGCUGCAGUAGAUCAUGUGGUAGUCAUAACUGAACAGAAGAUUAGCAUGGAACACAGAGACACUUGCAACGUGGAUGAAACUGCAGAUAAAACCCAUGAUACAGAUGUGGAAAAAUCUGAAGAACUGCAGAACCUGCAGGAAUGGCAUAGUGCAGAUUUAUCCACAGCAAGAUCAGAUAUUGUGGUAAAACGUCAAGAGCAGGAGUUAAGAAGUUCAGAAGAAACCCAGACCAAAGUGAUCCAAGAAACAGUGGAAGAAACUGUACCCGAAAAGCAGGAUGACCAACACCCUCCUGUGGAGCACAUUGCUAAACCAGAUGUUCAGCAACAUGAUACAGAAUCAUACGAGGAGGGUUUGCAUCUCGGUUUGGAAAAUGUACCAUCACAGUCAGAAAUGUACUUCGAGCAGUGCAUUGAGCGUGACGAGGAAACCGCAGAGGACUUAGAUUAUGAAAUGGUCACUCAACAAGACAUACAAGAUGAUUACACAACGUCAGAGAUGGAGCUGCUCGGGGAGAGAGAAUAUAUUAGUGAGGGCACCGGGGAGCAUCAUGAGAAUGAAUUUGACUUUGUUGACGAAGCAGCUGAGGAUGUACCAGCUGAAGAAGUGAUUGGGGAAGACUUUGAGAUAAUCGAGGCCUUAGGUGGAACUUCCAUCAUCCCAGAUGUUGAGAUGGCUCUGAAGGAACCAAAAAAGCCUCUGUUAGACACAUUCUGUCUGGUCUGCAAAUGUCCAAUUUCAGCUAUAGAUAAGCUCUUUGGAGAGCACCAGGACCAUGAUGUGUCAACAUUGGAUAAAGCAGUUGUGGUUACAAAGAAUAAACUAAUUGAGUACAUAUCUGAAUUGCAAGGAAGAGCCGAAAAGAUUGAGGAUCUGGUGUCCGAGUUGGAACUGGCCUUUAAUACAGUGGAGGAGAACUGCAGCAGAACAGAGCAGCUGCUGGACGAUCAGAACGAGGAGAUGAUGAAGACGGUGGUGGAACAGUACAGCCAGAUGUCUCAGAACCUGGAGGAGGAGAAGAAGAACAAACUGGAGCAGCUAUACGACCAGCUCGUCACCUUCCAGGAGAGCACAGAGUCUGCCAAGGAGAUCCUGGAGGAGAGUGUGAAGGAGGUGGAGGAGCCCGAGGAUCUGAUCUUCAUAUCUUCCUCCAACGACAUUAGCAGGAGACUCAACAAUGCCCUAGAGACAACUGUGGCUCUAGAACUGGCCCCCAGUGCCUUCCCUGUGUUUGAAGAUUAUGCUAAAAGCACCUCGGGAAAUGGACAGAAGCUACUGAAAAGCAUUGCUGUUCCUCAGACCCCAAAGCUACAGCCGCAGGAAGCAAGCUCUGCCACCAGUUCGUCUGUGAUGGUCUACUGGAAGGUGAACGAGGGCGAUGUUAUUGACUGCUUCCAGGUCUACUGUAUGGAGGAACCACAGGGAGCCAUGUCUGAAGAAUACAGAGUGACAGUGAAGGAGAGCUAUUGCACACUGGAGGACUUGGAGCCUGAUAAGUGCUAUUUGGUGUGGGUCAUGGCUGUGAACUACACAGGCUGCAGUUUACCCAGUGAGAAGACCUCUUUUAGAACAGCUCCCUCAGGCCCUGUAAUCAAGUCAGAGGAAUGCACGGUGUGCUGGGACACAGCCACCAUCCGAUGGAGUUCAGCAAACCUGGACGCCGUGGAGUGCUUCACUCUGGAGUACUGCAAGCAAUACGCUUGUGAGGGAGAAGGGCUCAGGUCUGUAUCUGGAAUAAGAAACUGUGAACAGAAGGUGCUUUUACAACCAAGCGAGAAUUACCUUUUCUAUAUCAAAGCUGUAAACUUUGCUGGAGCGAGUGAGCAAAGCGAGGCAGCGCUAAUCUCUACGAAAGGUACCAGGUUUCACCUGUUAAAAGAAACCGCCAACUCAGCCCUCGUGCUCUCAGAGGACGGCACUGCCAUUCACUACCAGGAGCAGACCUUCAAACACAGGGCCAAACUCAAUGACUCUCUGGGGGUCCUGGGGGAGCUGCUACCCCCUCGUGGGUAUCACUAUUGGGAAACUGCAGUGGGCGGAAGUGAGGCCUACAGGAUCGGAGUGCUGUAUCCCUCCACACCGAGAGACAGUCCCCUGGGGCAGAACAGCACCUCCUGGUGCAUUCGCUGCAACUCCUCUCCAACAAGUCGCAGGUUCGAGUUCCUCCACAGCAGUACCCAGGCUGACAUCCAGGUGGCGGAGCUGCCGCUGCGGAUCGGAACUCUGCUGGAUUACCUGCACGGGCGGCUGCUGUUCUUCAACACACAGAGUGGGCAGCUGCUGUUCUCCUACCGGCACACAUUCACAGAGGCUUGCCACCCCGCCCUGGCAGUGGAUAGACCCGGGUCCCUGACUCUGCACACAGGGAUCCAAACACCAGACUUUGUGAAGCACAGCUAACCACAUCACCCAGGAGGGCGGCCAUUAGCUCAGUUUGUGACGCCUCUUGCUUUCUGCCUUAAAAUAAGAAAUGAAAAAAAGCUCAAUGAUGGACUGGGUGCAUGAUUUGCAUUAUUUUUAAUUUUUUUUUUUGUAAAGUUGCAGUUUUUUUUUGUGGUUAAUUGCAGCAAAUAGUAUUUUCUCUGCACUGACUUAUCUGUUUCUGAUCCUAGUUAAACUUGAUAUUUUGUUCUGAAUUAAACAAAGGUUUACAAGUAAAUCUAGUUCGACAGAUGUUUAACAAUGUUAUCCAUAUCUGCAGCUUCUGAUGUUUCAUAGAUGCAUUUCUUUUGAGAUUAUCGAUAAUGCCAAUCAAAAACUGAUGAGGAGCAUGUCCAGAAGACCUACAACGAGCUGCACAUAUUGAUCCAGAGUUUUGAACAUACAUAAUAAAGUGGAGGCUUACAGAGGUUUGUACAUGCGUACGUCACACUUACAUGUGAGGUUUGAUCUUUAGAGAGCGGUAUUUUUAUUUUUUUAAUUAGACAGCAUGACAGAUUACCAGUUGAUGUCUAUCUGAUGCAGUCCAUAAAGUGUCAAUCAGG